AUGCGAUUCUACAAGCUCUACCCGUUGCCCAUGGAAGAGAGUAGGAGGAGGAAGAAGAAGAAAAAAAAGUUGUUAAACUAUCUUGUUUCAGUCAAGACCCCAGCAGUGGAAAUCCACAGAGCAAUCGACGCCAAGAUCCCAGCCGUGUUCAAAUUGACAUUCUGGGGGGUGAUGUUCGCCGUCGUGCUCUUCUUUGUGUCGGCGGUCGCCAGGACGUGCCGCAAAAACAAGGGCAAGCAUAUGAUGAUCGAGAGCUUCCUGGAGGAGAUGGCCACCGAGAACGCCACCCGGUUCACGCCGCAGGAGCUGGAAGAGUUCACACGCAACUACUCGUCCCGCCUCGGCGCCGGUGGGUUCGGCACGGUGUACAGGGGCGCGCUCCCCAACGGCCUCGCCGUGGCCGCCGUCGGCAUCGCGAGGGGACUCCGGUACCUCCACGAGGAGUGCCAGAGAAAGAUCAUCCACUACGACAUCAAGGCCGGCAAUGUCCUCCUCGACGGCAGCCUCACGCCCAAGGUGGCCGACUUCGGGCUCGCGAGGCUGGUGAACCGCGCGGACACGCACGUCUCCAUGUCCUGCGUGCGCGGCACCCCAGGGUACACCGCACCGGAGAUGUGGAUGCAGUCAGGCAUCACGGAGAAGUGCGACGUCUACAGCUUCGGCAUGCUCCUGCUCGAGAUCGUCGGCCGGAGGAGGAACUUCGACGAGGCGGUAGACAUCGGCCAACAGUGGUUCCCCAUGGUGGCCUGGACCAAGUACGAGGAAGGCGAGCUGAUGGAGCUCGCGAUGCCGUGCCUGGGCGAUGCCAGCAGUGUUGAUACGGCGGAUGAACCGCAGAUGCGGCUGUGCAGGGAGCUGGCGGAGAGGAUGUGCAAAGUGGCGUUCUGGUGCGUGCAGCAGCAGCCGGAGGCGAGGCCGCCGAUGGGCGUGGUGGUGAAGAUGCUCGAAGGAGAGAUGGACAUUGCUCCGCCGCCGAACCCGUUUCAACAUCUCAUGACGCCCGCGCCGGCGAGGAAUCUGUGGGAGAUAAUGGCAGCCAGCAUAAAUACGGUAUCAGGGUCGACAAAUGGCAUUGUUUCUACGGGUAGCAAUGAGAUCGUCUCUGUUUGAUGCUUGAGUUUUGACAGCUGACUGUAAUACUAGCCGGGUAACGUCAG